AUGGCCCCUAACGUCCUCGUUGUCCUCACCUCCCACGAUGAAAUCCCCGGCAAGGGUCCCACUGGCUGGUUUUUGCCCGAGUUCGCUCACCCCUACGAUGUUCUGUCCAAGAAGACCAACCUCACCAUCGCCUCGCCCUUGGGCGGCGUUGCCCCUCUCGACCCGGGCUCAGUGCAGAUGUUCGCAUCCGACCCUUCCUCUCAAGCAUUCCUGAAGAACAACGAGUCUCUGUGGAAGAACACCGAGAAGCUCUCCGAUAUCAUCCCCCGCGCUGAUGAGUUCGAUGCCAUCUUCUACGUUGGCGGCCAUGGUCCCAUGUUCGACCUUGCCCAAGAUCCUGAAUCCCUCAAACUUAUUCAAACCUUCGCUGCUGCCAGGAAGCCUGUCGCGGCUGUCUGUCACGGUCCCGCCGUCUUCGUCAAUGCGACCCUGCCUUCUGGCGAGUCUCUUCUGGCCGGUGCCGAGGUGACUGGAUUCUCCAACCUUGAGGAGGAUCAAGUGCAGCUCUCUUCUUUCAUGCCUUUCAUGUUGGAGACUGAACUGCAGAGGAAGGCAGGUAGCUAUGUUAAGGCUGAUGAGCCUUGGGGCCCUAAGGUUGUUUCCUCCAGGGUCGCUGGCUUCGGUGGUGCUCUUAUCACUGGGCAGAACCCUGCCUCUGCUACUGGUGUUGGUGAGGCUAUCCUUGCCGCUUUGGGACUGUAA